UGCAGCAUCCACAGCAGCGGUGUUUCAAAAUCAACCUCAUCAUCACCAUCAUCAUCCGCACGUUUGAUUGACUGUUUGAAAAACUGUUCGCGUGGGUGUGCGCGUUUUCUUGUUCGUGCACUGGCGGCUCGUUUCGAGGAUGGCCGAGAGCGAGGCAGACACGCCGAGCACGCCGAUUGAGUUUGAGAGCAAAUACUUCGAGUUUGAUGGAGUGCGGCUGCCGCCCUUCUGCAGAGGGAAGAUGGAGGAGAUCGCCAACUUCUCCCUCAGAAGUAGCGACAUAUGGAUUGUCACCUACCCAAAGUCAGGCACCAGUCUACUUCAGGAGAUUGUGUAUCUAGUGAGUCAGGGAGCAGACCCAGAUGAGAUCGGCCUCAUGAACAUCGAUGAACAGCUGCCUGUCUUAGAGUACCCCCAACCUGGCCUGGACAUCAUACAGGAGCUGACGUCUCCUCGUCUGAUCAAAAGCCAUCUUCCCUAUCGAUUCCUUCCCACAGCCAUGCACAACGGAGAGGCCAAGGUGAUCUACAUGGCUCGGAACCCUAAGGACCUGGUGGUGUCCUAUUACCAGUUCCACCGCAGUCUCAGGACCAUGAGCUCGGGGACCUUCCAGGAGUUCUGCCGGCGCUUCAUGCAUGACAAACUGGGAUAUGGUUCCUGGUUUGAACAUGUUCAGGAAUUUUGGGAACAUCGUAUGGACUCUAAUGUCCUCUUCUUGAAAUAUGAAGACAUGUACAAGGAUCUGGGGACAUUGGUGCAACAGUUAGCCCAGUUCCUGGGUGUUUCCUGUGACAAGGCUCAGCUGGAGGGCAUGGUGGAGAGCUGCAACCAGCUCAUCGAGCAGUGCAGCAACUCGGAGGCGCUGUCCAUCUGCAGGGGUCGUGCUGGUCUGUGGAAGGACGUCUUCACAGUGUCUAUGAAUGAAAAGUUUGACACGGUGUACAGACAGAAGAUGGGCAAAUCCGACCUGACCUUUGACUUCUGCCUGUGAGGAGCACCUGACCCCCCUGACCCCACUGAUCUACUCCUGUGCAAUCGACCAAACCCACGAUCCUCUGUCUCCGUUCAGUCCAUCAGUCUGAAGUUCAUUGGUACAGUCUGACAGCAGGAUUACACUACAAGACUUUUCCCACAAUGCAAUCCGUCUCAAGUCAGCAAGUUAAAAAAUGUCACCCUUGUGGACUGAUCAAAAAACAAACCCAGAUUCAUUUGUAGACAUUUCUCAAUUAAUAGUUAUACCAAACCUCCCUCAACCCCUACCUCCACAGUAUGUUCCCACUGCUGUGUGUGUAUAUGUGUACAUACUAACCAGGGUUUGACCGAUAUAGGCUUUUGAAGGCAGAUACUGAUACCUUUGACCAGAAGUAUUGUCAACAUUUAUAGUCGCAAUCUCAAAACAAUAACACGUUCAUGACAGGGAUUCAAGCUACGUGCAGAUAUUUGUGACUGAAAUACAUGACAUGAACAAACAGCCAGUUCAGACAUUCAGCGUUUUCAUGUGAUGGUUGUCUCGCUUUCCAGACGAAGUUGCUCUAUUGUUUGCCGAUCAAUAAAGGGUUAGCUAGAAAACAGAUAGUGAGAAGUGUUGUCCGGCUACCUUUAAAGGCAAAAGUAUUCAAAACAUUCAAAUGUCGGGGCAAAGAGCCUGCUGUCAUAGCGUUGAGAUAAAGGGGUUCAUUGUGUUGCCCCGCCGUGGAGCAGACCCAGAACAUGCUGGAGGGUUAUAGAUAGUGGGGAAUUCCUAGGAGAAGCUGGAGGUGGAUGCCACAGAGAGAUGUGUAUGGGCUACUUAGCUUAGCCUAAUACUACUACUACUACGACCGGUCGUAUGCUAAUGUCCACUAGCCUGUGAGAACACCAGCAAAUAGGCUGAAACCAAGCUGUAGCGUCCACAGUGGUGUCUUAUUUUGCGUAAAGCGUUAAGGCUUCGCAGAUUGUCACGGUGCUCGGUCUUUUUAGACAUGACUGCCACAAAUACUGAGAAAUAAAAAAUAAAAACUUAAGAAGUAAAAUGAUGAAUACAUGUUCACUAUUAAAAUGUCUCAGGAUUUUUUUAAAGAUCUUUUUUAAAAUGCUUUAAAAGCAGGAGACCUACAAAUAAAUCUACAUUUACCUGCAGCUGUUUACAAGAUAUUCAAUAGUUCAACCUUCGUUUCAUUAAAUACAUUUGUUGUUCCAAACAUUUGACUCCUUUCGUUACACGGGUUGUUUAAAUGCGUUAUAGACGUACAUGAGCAUUUGACAUUCCUCCUCAGCAUUGAGGAGUUACAUGUUUGGUCUAUGGCGUAUUGCCGGCAACACUUGUUGAUUUUUCGCUUCUUCACAGAACGUUUUCUUUGUACGCCAUCUGGCGUUUCAGAGAGUACUGCAACGCGCUGAGCAUAAACGCCUUUGUGCAUGCGCAUAACUUGUGCGCCAUCAGUGGAGAGCUUUAAGCUGCUCAAGUUCCCCCUCUGGAGACAACAACAAUCUUCCUUCCCGUUCGAGAACAGACACAUCGCUUUGAAUUGUUAUUUGCAGCGUUGAUCGGCCACAAAUAUCUGUACGUGGGCUCAGGGUUGUCAGGUGGAUAUACCCUCUGAAACAUUUACACCAUCAUGAGACACUAGACCUUUCCAGAGAGGCGCAGGCUAGUGAAACCGUUUUAUUAGAGCUUAGUAGCUCUAUAGGUCAGACCACACACAUACACACCUACAGUAUUUAUUGGUGAGGAAACUGGAAUACAAUACUUCCUGUAAGUCUGGAACUAACUUACCUAAGCAACAUCCUGCUGUUGAAAAGACAACUUUGACACAAUGGCUGAAUAAAACGUAUCUUCCAAUUACCAUAUUAUAACUAUAACCAACUGCACAAGGACACUUACAGGUUUUACAGACAACACUAAUAUCUGCCCUUUAAUCUGUCAGGCCGAUAUAUCGGUCUAACCCUGAAACUGAGUGCAUUAGCAGCCGUCUUGAUGCAGCAGUGGCUCCAAGCCAGGUAGAGGCAUGGAAGAUAACUGUAAGAAAUGAAGCCAAACCUAUAGAGAGGAAGCCUAUCACGCCUAAGAAUCGAUCCAGCAGCUCAGCGUCACAGCUGGGAGAUUGUUGUGCAAGAUUAUCAUUGUUUUUUUUGUUGUUGCUCAAAGUGCUGCAGGGUUUUACAGCCUCCAUCACAGAUUGUCACUUAUAUAUGAGCUUUAUGCGUGUGUAUGGAUGUUUGUGAGUGUGUGUUUGAGAGAGAGAGAGAGAGAGAGAGAGAGAGAGAGAGAGAGAGAGAGAGAGAGAGAGAGAGAGUUAUGUCUUGUCAGUGCUCAGUUAUACAUCAGGGUUUCCAGCCUGACUCAGACAUUAAAUUCAAGAAUUUGUCUGAUCUUUAAAACCACUCUGUGUGCAAUUAAAGAAUGUGUAUCUUUGGCGCCUCUCAGUGGUAGUAUGAAAAACAAUACAGUGGUAGUAUCUGACAUGGAAAUGAUUGACAGAAGGCACCAAUUGGCAAUAGAAUUUUCUAAAACAAAGGUUUACGCCAUCAGAAUAAUUCCAAAGGUUCUUUAAUCACAUAGAACUUCUAGAAUAAGGCCUUUAAGAAGUAGCACACUACGCUCCUCAACACUUUGCUUGAGAUUUAAACUGCCAUUUUGCAUACAAAUAUAUUAAAAUGAGCAGCUGCAGGUGUGCCAAACACAGUAGAUGAUAUACCAUGUCUCCCGGGUGUAAAGGCAGAUUUUAGACCCUCGUCUUUAAAGUUUAAGUUCUGUGUGGAUGAAUUUUAAGAGGGGCCUUGACUUCAUUUGCUUUCUUUUUUAAUUGAAUUUGUUUGCAUAGAAAGAUACACACAUGUACAGAGACUCUUACACCUACAUAUAUCCAUCACUUUGCAUGUGAUAUUUAAUUUCAGUGUGAUAUCAGUCCUGCCGUUAUCGUGGGAGCAGACCAUGUACAGGCUAUUCCAAAACACUUUUUACUGAGGUAGUUACACUUGGGAAGAACAAAGAGUAUGCAUCCUAGAGAGAUGGAUGAAUUCACACCUAUUAAACACCUCAAACCACCUCCCGAGGUAGUUUGGCAAUCGGAUGUCAGUCCAUCUCUAAUGCUUCUUGGAUGCAUUUUACACUUGACCUUUUAGCUAUCAGAUCUGAUAUACCCAUUCAUACCCACUUGGUAGUCCAAACACUAUUUUCCUGUGUUAACCGUGCUUCAUAUUACCACUGAUGGGUGAACAGUGUCCUUUCUCUCUCUCUCUCUUUCUCUCUCUUAGCUCAGAAAUGUCAGGUUUGGGCUGCAAGAGAGGAGAGCAGAGUAUUAACCCAUAACCAGCAUUAACUAUGUUUUGUAUUCUGCAACUCGACAUCAAUAUCUGGAGUCAGACUAUUUACCUGAGGCAUCACUUACAACCAGUCCAGCACCUCCUCCCCAGUCUGUGCGCGCUACCAUACACUUGUGAAUGUGUUUAUUGUGUGGAUGUAAACGACAACCUCAGCUCACACUCGUCACGCCGCCUCUUUUAUGGCUGCUCCUUCUUUCCUUUCAUUCUUCUUCCUUCUCUCUGUCACUCUGUUUAUAACCGUUGGCAAGGAUUCAGCUGCCCAUCUCCACUUUAUGGUUUGUUUGGGUUUUUAUACAUGCCUGUCUCUGUUUCCUGGGCGUUGUAUUUUACAUGCUUUGCUUGCUGGUUUAUUAAUAAAGUUGUGUCUUCAGGCAAUA